AUGGAUACAAUGGUUGACUCGGAAUCCGAUGGAGAAUAUGAAUAUGAAUAUGGAACAGAGACUGAGACCUUUUAUCUCAACCUGGACCUGACCGCCCACCAUGGCCCAGUGCGCCCUCCGCGCCGUCGCCCAAAUGAAGCAGAAUCUUUGGAAAAUACACAGAACCCGCCAGAGGAAAUGAGCCAUGGAUUCCCAAGUGAAGCUUAUCAUCCGAUUGAGAGCGCCGAGACAAGCAGCCUCCCCAACGAACGAAUCCAAAUUCUCGACCUCCAUACGACCAAUCCAAUCAUCUCAUACUACAACCAAAUGUUCAGUUGCUCCUGGGCUGAUCAAAUUGGCACUGAGCUAGUUUUUGCUAGCCCGGACACAGAAUCUGGCCCGGACAACCCUUUCCCUCAACCGCUACACCGUGGAGCUUCCUACGAGCUUGUGGCCGCCAAUAGUGUGAAGAUCCUCGGUCGGAAGGCACAGCUCGCCCCCAACGCUGGGCCAGGACCAGCCCAAGGCUUUACCGAAGGUCCUACGCCAGAGUCCGCAUCUCAGGACGCUGACCCCCUCGAUGUCCCCCGUCGUCCCACAGGCCCGUCUCACCAGGCGCAGUUCCUCCACAGGCUGCAGCAGAUCAAAAAUGCCAAGGGAGAGACCGAUACUGUUCGCUUGGUUAUGAGUACCCGUCGUCAGGUGAAUAUGGCGGACAGACAGCAGGGCUGGGCCCGUACUGAGGCGCAGCUCGCUGAAAUCGAGCGGCUGAAUGAACGUGCUUCGAGAGGGGACUUGGAAGCAAAGGCAACCCUUGAUCUGCUGAUUCAAGAGCUCAACCAAGAGCUCAACCCUGAUGAGGCAGAGGAAGAGGCAGAUGCAGAGUCUGAUUCAGAAUUGGAGUUAACGUCUGAUAGCGAUGAUCUUACUUCAUGA